CUUUACUUAUUUUGGUAUAACUAUUAUUAGUAAAUUAUUAGUUUUGGUUCUAAGUCUUAAACUUUUGACACUAUUUGUUUGCUUAUUUUUUGCUCAUUUUUUCUUAUGAGUGACCAACAUGGGGAUGAAGUAUCAAACACUUUCCUAGAUGAAACAACAAAACAAAAAUGUUAAUUGGAUGAUGUUAACAACCAAUUUCAUGUUUUUCGUAUUAAUAAAAUAAUUGAUUGAUUAGGCCAGCGGAAAAUUAGCCAAGUUUGCUUAAUCGAAUCAAAAAAAAUUCCUUUUUAGGUUAAGGGUUUGGUUCAAGCAAUAAUUUUUGGUUGGGUUUGAUCGGUUACUUUGAUUUUACCUUAUAAAAGAAAAUUAUAACUAAAUCCUAGUGGUUUGUACUAAACUGAAUUUUGAACCAAAUCAGUUGAAUUUAAUCUAUUACCUAAAUUUUUAACCAAAUUAAACUAAUAUCAAACCGGGAUCAGAAUUUGGUACAAUUAGAGAGGAAAGGAAAAAGCAGAUUAGACUGUUUAUCAAACCGAACCGAACCAAAUUUUAAUUUGAUCAAUUUCAUUAGAUUUUGUGCGAACCGAAAUAACCAAAAAUCAAAUCACUCGAACCGACCUUACCGUCUAAACCGAACUCGCAGCUAAUCCCAAGCUCUGCAAGGUUAAAUAAACCAAAUAGAUAGAUUAUAAAUAGCUCUUUAGUUUAGAUUCCAACCGCCAAAAGUUAUGAGUUCAAGCUUCAAAUCCAAGAAACAUCAAUGCCUUGUCUUCCUCAAACUCUGUUCCUCCAUCAAACAUCUCUUACAGAUCCACGCCCAAGUCCAUCUCUCUGCUCUCCAAUCCGACAGCUUUAUCAUCAGCGAGCUUGUACGCGUCUCUUCCCUAUCUCACUCCAAAGACCUCACCUUUGCUCGAACCCUUCUCCUUCACUCCUCCGAUUCGUCUCCUUCCACUUGGAACAUGCUCAGCAGAGGAUACGCUUCAAGUGAUUCCCCUGUAGAAUCGAUUCGGAUCUACUCCGAGAUGAAACGACGACGAAUCAAACCCAACAAGCUCACGUUUCCGUUUCUUCUCAACGCUUGCGCUUCCUUUCUGGGGCUCACGGCGGGGAGACAGAUCCAAGUCGAUGUUUUGAAACAUGGGUUUGCUUCCGAUGUAUAUGUCGGGAACAAUCUGAUUCAUUUGUAUGGUUCUUGUAAGAAAACUUCUGAUGCGAGGAAGGUGUUCGACGAAAUGCCUGAGAGAAACGUUGUUUCUUGGAACUCGAUUAUGACUGCUUUUGUCGAGAACCGUAUGUUCAGUUUAGCGAAUGAGUGUUUUGCCGAGAUGAUCGGUGCGCGGUUCUGUCCUGAUGAGACGACAAUGGUGGUUUUGCUCUCUGCUUGUGUCGGUAACUUGAGUUUGGGGAAGUUGGUGCAUUCGCAGGUUAUGGUGAGAGAGUUGGAGUUAAACUGUAGACUAGGUACUGCACUUGUUGAUAUGUAUGGAAAGUCUGGUGGAUUAGAGUAUGCUAGGUUAGUUUUCGAGAGAAUGUGUGACAGAAACAUUUGGACUUGGAGCGCGAUGAUCGUAGGGUUAGCACAGAAUGGAUUUGCUGAAGAAGCUCUUCAGCUUUUCUCUAAGAUGAAGAAAGAAUCAUCGGUGAGACCAAACUACGUGACCUUUCUCGGUGUUCUAUGCGCUUGUAGCCACGUGGGAUUGGUGGAGGAAGGGUACAGAUACUUCAGCGAGAUGGAGAGAACACACAAGAUCAAGCCGAUGAUGAUUCACUACGGGGCGAUGGUAGAUAUCUUGGGACGUGCAGGUAGAUUAAACGAGGCAUAUGGCUUCAUAAAGAAGAUGCCUUUUGAGCCUGACGCGGUUGUUUGGAGGACGCUGCUCUCUGCUUGCAGUGUCCAUCACGAUGAAGAUGGGGAAGGGAUUGGAGAGAAAGUGAAAGAGAGGUUGAUUGAGUUGGAGCCAAAGAGGAGUGGCAAUUUGGUGAUUGUGGCGAAUAUGUUUGCGGAAGCGAGGAUGUGGGAUGAGGCAGCGGAAGUUAGGAGAGUGAUGAAGGAGAAUAAGUUGAAGAAGAUAGCUGGGGAGAGUUGUCUGGCUCUGGGAGGGUCAGUUCAUAGAUUCUUCUCAGGGUAUGAUCCUCGUUUUGAGUAUGUAUCUGUCUAUGAGUUACUAGAUUUGUUCAAGUUGCAUUUGAUAAGUGACAAUUAUAUGGUCAGUGAUUCAAAUUCAUUUUCUUGACUUGUAGAGACAAAACUUGUUCAAAAUUUAACAUUUUGUAAGGAUAAUGAAUGGCUAGGAAAGUUUUUUCUUAUAAUCUAUAAGUUUUAUGAAGUACCAACCGUCAUGUAAAACUUUCAUGUAUUUACAAAAAUUAUUUAUCUAAUCAUAAAUUACAAAAUAUAUAAU